GUGAUAUUGUUUCUAUGGUGUAAAUCUGUGUUAUGUGCUUUACUCAGCAGUAGUCAGUCAAUUUAAAAGUUUGUGUUUGAUUUAAAAUUAUAAAAUUUAUUACAUAUGAAUAAACUGAAUUUAUAAAAUAAUAAUAGUGUAAUUGAAUAUUCUCAAGAAUGUUGAAAUUCAUUCGAGGGAAAGGUAAUCAGCCCUCGGCAGAAAGGCUUAAAUUACAAAGAGAAUUGUUUGCAUUUCGUAAAACAGUACAACAUGGCUUUCCAAACAAACCAACAGCUAUUGCCUGGGAUGCAGAGCUACGUUUAUUAUGCAUUGGUACAGCGAGUGGUGCCUUAAAAGUAUUUGGCAGGCCUGGAGUGGAAUUUUACGGUCAGCAUGCGCCUGUCGGUGGUGGCAACAUAAGUAAUGGUCCAUCAGGCGCACCACCAGCUGUUAUAAAACUAGUAUUUUUACCUGGUGCACAAGGGCGAUUAGUAUCGUUAUGCAACGAUAAUUCAUUACAUCUAUGGGAAAUUAAUAAAAGUUCAAUUGUAGAAGUUAAAUUAUUAUCAUUAGAAGGAAAAUUAAAGAAAAUCAGUACCAUAUGCGUUGAAAGUGGUGGCGGUAAUUUAUUAUUAGGAACAGAGGGUGGGAAUAUUUACUUGUUAGAUUUGGCUACUUUUACAAUGGCUAGUGAUAUCAUUUAUCAGGAUGUUGUUAUGCAAAAUGUACCAGAAGACUAUAAAAUAAAUCCAGGUGCUGUAGAAUGUAUUGCCGAACAACCAGGUCGGCCUGAUCAUAUUUUAAUUGGAUAUGCGAAAGGUUUAAUGGUAUUAUGGUCACGAGGUGAUACUACAGCUUUGCAAACAUUCAUUAGUACACAGCAAUUAGAAAGUAUUUGUUGGCACAGUGAUGCUCAACAUUUUACUUCAUCACAUAAUGAUGGAAGUUACGCAAUUUGGGAUGUAACGACAGGUGAGAAACCUUGUGGUGAACCAGUUACAACAUAUGGACCAUUUCCAUGUAAAGCAAUAAAUAAAAUUGAGGUAAAAACACUACGUGGUAAUUCUUUGCUUGUUUUCUCUGGAGGUACUCCACGUGCAUCUUGUUCAGAUAAAUACACGGUAUCUGUUAUAAAUGGAGAUAAACAUGUCGUGUUUGACUUUACUAGUAAGGUUAUCGACUUUUUCACAAUUACACCUUUAUAUGGAAGUGAAGAACCAGAUACAUUAAUCGUUUUAGCUGAAGAAGAACUUAUUGCAAUCGAUUUAAUUGAUUCUUCUUGGCGCAUGCUAUCCCCACCAUAUUUAGUAUCAUUACAUGCUUCUGCCGUUACUUGCAGUGCUUAUGUUGGUCCUGUACCAGACGGAACAUGGCGUGCAAUUAAAGAUGCUGGACGAAAUGCAAAAUCACAAAGAGUGUACAGUGAUCGUGAAUGGCCAAUAAAUGGCGGAUUUAUUCAUGAAACUCAAUCUGAAGAUAAACGUGAAUUGCUAUUAACAGGCCAUGAAGAUGGAACUAUUCGAUUUUGGGAUGCAUCUGGUGUAGCUUUAACUCCAUUGUAUAAAUAUUCAACAGCGAAUUUAUUUAGUGGAGAUGAAAUUGCGUCCGAUGAUGGGACAGAGAAUGAUGGCGAUGGCGAUGAUGAAGAUUGGCCACCAUUACGUAAAACCGGUGUUUUUGAUCCAUAUUCAGAUGAUCCACGUUUGGCAAUUAAAAAAGUUACUAUGUGCCCCGUAUCAGGUACCAUUGUUGCGGCUGGUACUGCGGGUCAUAUUGUUGUUGCACAACUUGUGGCUGAUGAUCAUCAAGCGAAAGAAGUCCAAGUAACAACAAUGAAUAUUGUUUCGGAUCGGGAUGGUUUUGUUUGGAAAGGGCAUAAACAGUUAACACCGCGUGCAAACGUUAUACCAAGUAAAGGCGGUUUUCAAGCUUUAAAUAUUUUACAAUUACAUCCACCAGCAGCAAUUACGUGUAUCAGUUUACAUUCUGAAUGGAAAUUGAUAUCAGCUGGUACAGCCCAUGGUCUUGCUUUAUACGAUUUUGCUAGAAAUAAACCAGUGUUAGUUAAAUGUACAUUAAAUCCAAAUGAUUUAUCAGGUCAAGGUGAUACGCCAAUUUCACGACGCAAAUCAUUUAAAAAAUCAUUACGAGAAUCAUUUAGAAGAUUACGAAAAGGUAGAUCGACACGCCGUGCUGGUGGUACAGUUGCUUCACCAACCACUGCAACAUCACCACGAAAACUCGCACCUCAAUCGCCGGAUAGUGGCGGCGACACAUUUAAUCCAUUAGAUGCUAAACCUGUUGAACGGCAAGUAGAAGCGCGUCCUGUUGAUGAUUCAUUAGGUUCAAUGGUUCGAUGUUUGUACUUUGCAAAAACAUUUAUCAUUAGUGAACAAAACACUACGGCUACACUUUGGGCUGGAACAAAUAAUGGCACUGUGUAUGUGUUUACGAUAAAUGUACCUGGUGGCAAUAAACGGGAAACCGACGAUGUUACAUGUCAGUUAGGUAAAGAAAUACAAUUAAAACAUCGUGCUCCAGUUAUAGCCAUUGCAAUAUUAGAUGGAUCAAGUAAACCGUUACCAGAACCAUUAGAAAAUCGAAAAGCAGAUUAUAGUCAACCACAUAAAGUGAUCAUAGCAUCUGAAGAACAGUUCAAAAUAUUUACGUUGCCAUCAUUGCGUCCUUGGAGAAAAUAUCGACUUACAGCAAAAGAAGGUUCAAGAUUACGAAGAAUGGCUUUUGCAGAAUUCUCAUGUAAGCUUCCAGAUAGUGUAGACGAAACACAUACAGAAACAUGUUUAUUAUGCCUGACAAACCUUGGUGAUUGUCUGAUAUGGAGUGUUCCAGAUUUAAUUAAACAGUUAAACGCUGCGGCAAUUAGAAGAGAAGAUAUCAAUGGAAUAUCAUCUUUAGUAUUUACUCCGUUUGGAGAAGCUUUAUACUUACACAGUUCUUCCGAAUUACAAAGAAUAACAGUGAAUGCAAAUCAUGUAACUGCAGCUAGAUGUUAUUUAAAACUUGUUCGUGAUAAACAAGAAAAUGGUGAUGAUGAGAACGAAACAUCAACAGAGGCUGAGGAUAAUGUAGAAAAAACUGAAGAUAAAGAUAAAAUAUCAUCAUUGCGAACAAAUCAACAGUUAGUAAAUGGACGGGGUGAAGGUGCCGAGAAUGGUGAUGAAGAUGCUCACGACACAACAAUAUCAAGUAGUGUUGGUGAUAUAACAAUAGAUUCAGUUAAAGAUCAUUUAGCAAAUAGUUCACUUGGUGCGCUAAGUAAUAGUGACAAUCUACCAGAAGAUCCAGUUACGUCCACAUCAUCGACAACAGUGAUUACAACCAGUACUGGUGGUACAACAGUUAUCAGCAGUACGUCAAGUAGUACACAACGAACGCAUAAUGUUGUGUUAAAAACCACUACAGUGACAUCGACAAAUAGUAGUAGUGCGAUUUCAAAUAAUACGAAUGCGGAAAAUAAUGUUUUAGAAAAUGCCACCGAGAAUGCUGAAAGUUGUUCAUCUGCAACUAAAAUUAUAACUGAGACUAAAAAUAUUACGAUUUCAAAUAACAAGAGUUUAGUUGCACCACUAGCCUGUGAAGAUGAUGAGGAAGAAGUGGAAAAUGAAGAAGAGGAAAGAGAAGGGGAAGAACAAGAACAAUUGGAUACAACCAUCACCACAACCACCGUCACUACCACAAACACUAAAAUAUCAUAAACGAUAGAACCACAGACAUUUUAUAAAUAUAUAUAUAUAUAUAGGUAUCGAAUUUAUUCGUUUUAUGGCAUCUUUAAAAAUAAAAACAAAAAAAACGCUGUAAUGACUUUUAAAAAGAGCAUAAUAACGUUACACAUUUUAGAUUUACCAUUGUUUUAUUGAUUGUCGUUUGAAAGGUUGAUUUCCAAAUGAUUCUAGCAAAAAAGAUCCAAUCUUAGUAGGGUGUUCCAAAAAAAAAAAUAACUGUCUAUUAUCUGUAAUUU